AUGGAAAUUUUAGGGUACAAUCAGAUUGUGCAUGAAGGGAGAAGGGUACCCAUGAAUGCUUUGUCAUUGUAUGUCACUGGUUCACAUCCUAAAGAAUACAGAAUGACGCUCAGAAUGACUGCUGAAAAAUUUGACUACUUGUUAGGCUUAAUAACUCCAUUAAUCCAACGAGAGGACACUAUUACGAGAGACGCUAUCAAACUAGAAACAAUGUUGGAAGUAACCUUGAAUUACCUAAAACUGGUUCCUGAUACACAUGAUGCAUGGAAAAAAGUUGCAAAUGGGUUUAAAGCAAGAUGGAAUUUUCCUUUCUGUUGUGGUGCCAUUGAUGGCAAACAUGUCUUGAUCGAGGCUCCCCCACAUACUGGAAGUAAAUACUUCAACUAUAAAGGCUCCUUCAGCGUGGUACUAAUGGCAAUUGUAGAACACAAUUACUGUUCUGCUUAUUUUAAAGUAGGGACAAAGGGAUCUAACUCAGAUGGUAGUAUUUUUCAAAGCAUCGAGAUUUCAGGAGCUCUAGAAGAAGGAUUACUACCCAAUGGUUACUUUUUAGUUGUAAAAGUAAAGAUGAACGUUUCCUCUGUGAAUAAACUGGUUAGUGCUGCAAUUGCAAUUCACAACUGGCUACGAAAAACGUCACCUGAUCAAUACUUCGAUAAUGCACAAUUGGUUGAUUGUGAAAACCAAUAUACUGGCAAAAUAAUACCUGGACAGUGGAGACAAGAGAUACGAGAACUGAGAAACAUACGAGAGGAAUAA